GGACGCUCCAGCUAACGGCUAAAGCCGUGAAGAAACGGUUUUUUUUGUUUUUUUUUUAAGUCAUGGCAGAGGUUCAUAUUAUAGGUCAAAUCGUCGGAGCCAGCGGGUUUCCGCGGAACAGCCUGUUCUGUAAGUGGGGGGUUCACACGGGAGCUACGUGGCGGCUUCUGUCCGGAGUGAAGGAGGGACAGACUCAGGUGGACUUCCCGCACGCAGGAGACACGGCCUACUGGAGCCACCCCAUCGACCUGCACUACACCACCAAGGGCCUGCAGGGCUGGCCGAAGCUGCACCUCCAGGUGUGGCACCAGGACUCGUUCGGCCGCUGCGAGCUGUUCGGUUACGGUUUCUGCCACGUCCCGUCCAGCCCCGGACACCACCGGCUCAGCUGCGGUACCUGGAGGCCGCUCGGCUCCUGGCAGGAACGGCUAGCGCAGACGUUUGUGGGCGGAGGCCCCCAGCUCCGCUCCCCGGACCUCAUCUACAGCUCGGCGGACAGAUACCGGCUGCAUACCGAAGCCAUGGGCACCGUGGAGAUGGAGCUCGGCCUCAUCGUCAGACACUUUGACAAAUACGGCGUAGAAAGUUAAAUGGGACAAAAACUAAGAAGGCCAACAGCGUAGUGUCUGUAUUUAAUCUUUUCUAGGCGGGUGCCGAAUGCGGCUUUUUAAUAGUUUCUAAACUGUGUUCAACGUUUAGUUUUUAUUACUUUUUUAUAUAAAUUCCACAUCUAAAUAAAUUUAAAAACGUAU